AUGAUUAGACGAGGUAUGGAAUCUGGUGGACUGUCAAAGAUAUUUAGACGAGGUAUGGAAUCUGGUGGACUGUCAAAGAUGAUUAGACGAGGUAUGGAAUCUGGUGGACUGUCAAAGAUGAUUAGACGAGGUAUGGAAUCUGGUGUACAGUCAAAAGUGAUUAGACGAGGUAUGGAAUCUGGUGGACUGUCAAAGAUGAUUAGACGAGGUAUGGAAUCUGGUGUACAGUCAAAAGUGAUUAGACGAGGUAUGGAAUCUGGUGGACUGUCAAAGAUGAUUAGACGAGGUAUGGAAUCUGGUGGACUGUCAAAGAUAAUUAGACGAGGGUUUGGGAAAUAUGAAUAG